AUGGCACUGUUUGCUUCGCUCCUACGUCUUGACCCGGCCCAGAGGUCCACUGCCGAGCACGCAUUGCAGACGACGUUCUUCACGGCCCUGUCCGAGCCCGACACGCCCUCACGAAGGAGGUGGAGAACUGACGAUGGCAUCGAAACCGGCGAUGUUGAGGGUCGACGAGUGCGCCAGAAAUCACAGCAGAGCCAAGAGUCGCCCUCUGAUAUGUCGGGGCCAUCUCAAGUCUCAUGGAAGUGGAGCCAGGACAUUCCUUGCAGUCAGCAAGAGAUGGCCACCCCGGGCACAGCUGUGGCUCAGACUUUGGCGCGGUGUCAGCUCUUCACGCAGUCUUCCCAGGGCUCACCAGUCUCCAGAAGGAGGGUGUGUGGAGCAAUGUCCGGAGACACCUUGUGGCCACCUCUGUGGGCAGAAAUGGCGCGGCAGGAUGCCAUGUGCCGACCGUCAGUAUCAAAACUCCCCUCGCGUACAGUGCUUCAGUGGCAGCACGAGGUGGAUCUUCUGCUACGUCUGGGUACGGACAUGCAGCUCAUGGACCAGACCUUGCACUUAGCAGCUGCGCUUCUCCAUGACCAGCUGUCUGACCCUGACCCGACGCUGCCGCAGCCUACACUGGCCACCCUUGCUUGUCUCAAGCUCGCAGACGCGAUGCUGGAGAAGAGCCACGAGUAUUUCAUGCGUGACAGGAGUGGCGACAUCAGAGAUGCUUGCAGUGGAAGCUGGAGCAAAGAAGAUAUCAUUGAAGCGGAAAAGGUGGUGUUCCGAAGGCGGCAGUCGACGCUCCACCGUCCCACCGCUGACUGGUUCCUGCACACUUGCCUCCACAUCUGGCGUGGCGAGCUCGGGCAUCUGCGACAGGAGGCAGCUGUCCACUCGAGCAUUGGAGAUAGAUGCUGUCGGGACGUGAACUGCUUGGCGAAAUUCAUCAACAUGUGCUGCCUCUACGACAACGAGAUGCAGGCUCAGCCGUCCUCACUGAGGGCGCAGGUGUCUAUUCUGCUUGCAGUGCAUUGUGUUUCUACAGAUGGCUCUCAAGGUCCCACUUCCGAAAAGGCUUUCCAGGCAUGGCGCCUGGUUCGAAGCAAGACCUGCGGUUCCAACACCAGGGACCUGGUGCUGCCAGUCUUUACCAGGAUUUGCGAGAUCGUCACUUCUCAAUGCUCACGGCUGCUCGGACAACUGCAGGGUGAUCCUCAGGCUGCAGUUCCUGCCGAAAAGCGAUAUCCAACAGCUGCCAGGAGAAUUCCAAAAGAAUUUCCGCUAGCAUUGGCGGAUGAGCUGCUUCCAAUUUGGCCUGAGUCGUGCAACACUCCCGUGAGGUAA